GAUUAACAAUUGUUACAGUCUACCACACCAUAAUUCACACCCACUCCCUCCUUGGCCAACGACAACAAUAACCAGCGAUGUUUCUUAAAAUAUGGCACUGGACGCAGUUUUAUAGCUACCUUCUUGUUGUCAGCUUUUUUGAGUGGUUGUUCCAUUGUUACUCUGAAGAUGAAUACGAAAGGGUGUCUGCAGUAGGGGCACAUCCUGCCCACAAGAGAGCACGACAGGAAGACAAAGCAGACAGGCCACUUCAACAGCAUACAUCACAACCAUUUGGAGGCAGAACAAAAGCAAACAGGCAACAUCAGCUUCAACCAAGAAGGCAUACACCACGACUACAGCGAAGAAGGCAUACACCACGACUACAGCGAAGAGGACAUUCACUGCAUCCAAAAGGGAACAUCAUACAUCGCAAGAGGAAGCAUGCCAUGCUGCAACAGAACCAGGAGCUGAGAGACACAAAAAAUGAAAAGUGAUGUCAUUCCAUACGAGAAAAUAAAACAGUAAAAAAAAUACAGUUAAUCAAAGAAAAGGGAGUUGGUGGCAAAUCCUCCAAACAUUGUGUGUAGAUGAUAUGGUUGGAGGAAAUACGAGAAAAAAGAUUGGUGUGUGUGUGUAACAUAAGUCUAGGUGGUAAAUAUCAGGUGACAUGUAUGUAAAUCAAAGUCUCACUAUAGAGAGUGGAAAACAGCAGAAGUGUAUAGAAAACAAAACUUUUAUUAUUCUUCGCUAGCCACCUGACAGUAACAUUCACUUACAUUGUGCAACUCAGUAGGGAAGAGUAGUACACAGAAAUACAGGUUUUUGUUGAUUUUGUAGAAAUUAUUUCUUAAAGGACAAAAUGGCUGUAUUUAUUCAUUUUUAUUUAUUUAUUUGUCCAUAUUUAAGCAUUUGCAUGCAAUUGAUGUCAUGAUGAGUAAUGUACAACAGUUUUUAUAAACUAUGGUUGACAUGUUAAGAAAUAUAACUAUAGUACCAUGCAUAACUAAAGUACACACUGUAAAAGAACAUACAUAGUAAAACAAUGCAGUUGACACAUAAAGAUUUCUCCACAUGGUUAACAGUUAAAUAUGGAACUAAAAAUUGUUAAGUUACUUGCUAAGUUUCACAUAAUAAAAGAACAGCGAACAUUCACAAAAAAUUUCUUGAUGCAGUUAAUACUAGAAUGUGAUCUGAACGUUAUUUAGUACUUGCAUAUUUAUUAUAUAUGUAGAACAAGAGAUAAGAAUAGAGAAAAAAAGUACAGGAAGAGGUAUUUAUUUAUUUGUCCAUGAGAGAUGGUUGGUACACACAAUGUACAUAAGAUGUUGGACAUCAUUUACCACAGUAUUGUUUCUAUCAUUUUAACAUCAUUAA